CGUUCGAUUCUCGUAUAUCAGCCCUCUCACCAUCGCUGCGGGAGCUAAUUCCAGCUUUAACUGGGAUUUUUGGAUCUACGAAUGCGGCCACUGGCAUUUAAUGCAAAAAAACCUGAUCGGAAAGCUAGUUACAGGUACUAGGGUGGCUUAAACAAACGUAUCACUUCCAGGUCGGCUAUCUCACGAGUUUUCUUUGAAGAUGCGCCCCUGGAACGUGUCCAGAGUACAGAGUAACCAUGGGCAAGGCUAAUCAUGUUCGUUCAGCAUGAUGUUCAGAGCAUGGUUUUCUCCUCAAGCAAGCGUGGUUGUUUCGGAAACCAAUAGCACCAAGCACCGAUGAUCGGAUCUUGAGCCUCGAAUGCGAAUGCAUCCGUCCGAGCCUGGCCUGAACCGUUAUUUGGGAUCUGCUAUCUCACAGCCCCUGGUUCCUGUUGUGAUAGCUGAUCUGAGAUGUGAACUCGCGGCUGGUUGUUAUAUUCUCUCCUUGACUCGUAGUUACGGCAAGGCCAUGAUCACCGGCUUGAAACAGAUAUCCUACGCUCUAUUGACUCAUCCUUCGAUGUCCUUUCAUUGACUGGACUUCAAACUUGGCUCGUAAGCGUGUUUGUCAAUGUAGAAUGCGCCUGUCCAUAGCCUGUACAUGUAUGUACAUGUAAUGUACAGAGUGCACCCAGUUCAAAUCCCGACCUGGCCUGUUGUUGAAGUGCCCAUUAUGGGAAACCCCCUGACUAGCACAUGGCCAUGACUCCGAAUGUCCUUGCAUCCCCUAUGAUUUGCUCCCGUGAUAAUCGAGGACAGUUGCAAUUAGCCCCUUUCAACCAGUUUUGGAGGCAGCUGAAACAUGAAAGCAUACCAUGAGGCUUUCUUCUCUUCUUGUUGUGGUUUCUAAGAGCGAGCAUGGCUAAUAUAUAGAUUUAUCAUAUAUGUUUUUGCAGAUAUAUUGUGCCCAAGCUACCGAUAGAACAACCUACACUUCCAAGAACUUCAAAUCGAAUCGAUACGCGGGGGAUCCUCAUCAAACUGCCAGACACUUGAGCUUUGAACUGAUUGGGCGGGCACAUUGCCCAAUUGACUGACUAUCUGCAGCAAACCCCUCGUCAGUUACGCCUCUUGCACCUACAAAGAAAACAUCAACAGCUGCAGAAACACCAGCACCGUGGAGGUCCGCCUCUUGACCCCAUUUUAAACUAGGGAUAUUCAAACUGCGAUAAGACCCCACAUCAUGACCUCAGAGGCAAGUAAGGCACAGGGGGCACUCACCCAGAGAACGCUCCCGGCUUCAUGGUACCAUUCAGCGCGGCUCUACGAAGCGGAACGUCGUGCCAUAUUCUCUCAGAAAUGGCUGCAGGUCACUCAUGCAAACCGCUUCGUCAAUCCAGGGGAUUUUGCCCGCUACGAAAUGGCUGGAUAUCCGUUUUUCAUAAUUAAAGAUCGUACGGGCGAGUUGAGAGCGUUCCACAAUGUCUGUCGGCAUAGGGCCUUCCCCGUUGUAAAGGAAAAGUCUGGGAAGUGUAAGAAGAUUCUUUCAUGUGGAUAUCACGGCUGGUCCUACGGCUUGAAUGGCAAGCUGGCCAAAGCUCCCCGGUUCCAAGAUCUGGCGGGGUUUAAUGCAGAAGACUAUUCUCUAUUCCCUAUUCACCUCCAUGUCGACCGAUGUGGAUUCGUCUGGGUGAAUCUAGACGCAAAAGAAGUUCCGUCCGUAUCAUGGGACGAGCAAUGUGGGACAGCUGAUGUUCAAGAAAGGCUUGGGGAUUUCCAGAUGGAGAAGUAUUCGUAUGACCAUUCAUGGAGUUUCGAGGCGGAAUAUAAUUGGAAGGCUAUGGUUGAUAAUUAUAACGAGUGCUACCACUGCCCCGUCGCCCACCCGGGCAUCGCAGCAACAACUGACCUACAAAACUACACCGUAACCACCGACCAAGGCUUCAUCGCCCACUUCGCCCGCCCAAAACCCGAAUACGCAACCGGCAACAACUCAAACGUCGCCCCAACCUACCUCUUCCCCAGCUCCGCCGUCACGGUCAACACCGUCUACCUCUACCUCACCCGCUGCGUGCCCCUGAGCGCCACGAGCGUGCGCAUGGAGUACGAAGUGUACCGCCACGCGCAGUGCACGGACGAGGAGUUCGCGGAGGUGGACGCGUUCAUGAAGCAGAUCGAGGAGGAGGAUCGGGUACUGUGCACGCUGGUGCAGGAGAAUUUAAAUGUAGGUGUGUAUCGGAGCGGGCCGUUGCAUCCAAGGGAUGAGAUGGGGGUGGCGUAUGUCAAGGAGCUGGUUAAGAGAGCUGUUAUGGCACAUGUGCAGAUGGAGAAGGAGGUUGGGCAUGAGGUAUGGCCCGCUACGGCGAGGGGUGGGGAUGGAAAGCUGGGGGGUACGCUGGAUGCGGAGACCGAGGAGGAGGAGGUUUGUAAGGCCCUGUGCAGUGGUGGGGCUUUGGAGAAGUUGUCUUGGUGAAAGAGAGGUGGAGUGUUACAUUACGACGCUUAUUAGUUCAGGAAGGCAUAAUUGGGGAUUCUUUCGCGGUUGAUCCCUGGAUGAGUGAAAUGUCUAUCUAUUACCGGGGAAUAUUUAAAACGAGGAAAUUGAGAUGCAUAACUGAAUGGCCGAAUUUGCUUGAGCUCAGAGUGAUUUAUUUAUCGAUAGAAAGUACUAUUCUCCUUCUCUCUCUCUCUCUCUCUCUCUCUAAGAUAUAUAUAACAAGGCUGCCUGCAGCCGGUGAGUCGGUAGUUGGUCCCCCAACCAACCAUAUCUACAGAUAUCAGCAACCAAAUACAGUUUCCUCGCCUAGGUUGCUGGAUACGCUCUCAUGCAAAUGAGUCAUGAUAAAUGCGAAAGCCACCACAAUGUCUUUUCUUCUCACCACUUCCUGAUCUGUCUUGCUGGAGGAUGUCGAACUUUUCUGUCUAAGCGCUUAUCCAUUCCGUCCAUGCCAUGCCCGAAUCGAAUCCAUCACAUCCCAUCACACACCCACCCCACCUACCUUCCAUCCAACCGCCCAGCGCUCUACCACUUGCGAACAAUAAGGUAAACGCCUCCCCCGCAAAACUCUAUUCGACCCGGGCGGUUACCACCCAGACAGAAACAAACACACACACCUCCCCCUGAUUGGCCACCGUUAGCGCGAGCCUGGUUCUUCCCUUGGCAUCUUAAACUUCCCCAGCGGUCCGGUCCAGGGAAACAUCUGCGGUCCCAAGGUUCCAUGGAUCGCCCCCACCCCCGGGGGGCUCGGGGGCCCGCGGGAACAACCAGUCCACGGGCAGUGGUUCGCGCGGCUAAUGGGGAUGGUUGAUUGGGUAGCUAGCUCUAGAAGGAAUGAAGAAAGGGUUUCUUUUCGGUGGAGCUGGAGCUGGAGCCGGAGGCGGGGUCACAAGACACUAAAACUACUCUUUUAUCGCAUAAUGUGCCGGGCUUCUGCAUGCAUGAGAGGUGUUACCAGAGCGGGGGGAAUUCGAGGCGGGGUAGAUGGGCAGUAAAACUACAAUAAUCUCAAGGCUGACAUACUUUAUUAGUAUUGGGUAAUUAAUAGUAAUGGAGUCAACACGGAUUUCGU